AUGGUACGCUCCUUCCCAUAUGAAUACGUUCGUGGCUCAUUAAAAAUAGGCAACCGUUCCUUCCGUCCCACGGCUCGCCUACCAUUUUCACUUUCUAAAUCUGAACCCAAAACAAAGACGUCCGCCAUCACUACUCAGCCCAAGAAUACGAAUCUAUCUCGAAGGUUGAGACAAGAUCACCCGUCAGGUUGCCCUUCACAAUUCUCUGCAGACAAAAUUAAGGAGACCGACCCGUACAGAAUCAAACUGCUUUGGCGAGAAGUCAUGGCACCCAAGACGCCCUCAUACGCACGCCAAACGAGAUCCAGCAAUUUAAAGAGUCGGAAUCCCUCAAACACGCCUGGUCAGACAGAAGAGACUGUGACAAAUAAGACCUCGGACAUUUUCUCGACACCUAUCCCUAACAAGGAUACUCCCAGAAAGCAGACAGUCAAAAAUGCCACAGUUCGAGACGUUGACUUCGAAGAGACGCAGUUGAUUCCGCGCGGAGUUGAGAUACUCAAUUCGCAUCAGAACAUCGUGACAGGAGCUCACGCUUAUUUCAACUCCGACACACCUCCGGACCCAGCCCAAUCACGCGAAUUCUACCUAUCCGUCAUUCAAACAGCCCUUGCAGGAAGAGUUGAACGGGACAUAGACAAUUCGAUAUUCUUGCCAACGGACGCCAACUUUAUCAAGUCUGUGCGCAGAGCGUAUCGCAGAAUGGGAGAUGAAUACGUUUCGGAAGCUGAGUUCAAGGUAUUUGCUUGGCAGAAUCUGUUCAUCGGGCAGCACGUCGUCUUAAUGGAUGAUACUGAAAGGCAGCUUUGCGCUGUACGACUUGUGGAAAUAUCGUUGAAGCCUUGCGAAAGUCGCGGCCGACGUGUGUGGUUUGAACCUCCACUCCUCUCUUCGAAUCAACCUCCAAAACCCUUUAGCUUCGACAUUUCCUCCGAUAGUCAAUUCUGGCUUUCCGACAAGAUUUUAAAUGCCGACUAUCGAAGACAUACCAAGUCAGCCGUGCAUUGCAAGUCCUGGGGUACAUUUUGUCCCUAUUUAUCGAUCGAGUUCAAAGCCACAAUUGAUGACAAACGGGUCGUGGGGAACCAGAUAGCUACCGCUGGACUGAUUUCCUUGUUCAAUCGAUACCAGUUGAAGCUUGACGCCGCUUUUCAGCCCACUCCAGAGCAAUUGAGACUGGUUCGCCAUUACGGAUUGACGAUGGAGAAAGAAAUAUGGACAGUAUGGCUCUUUGAACCAAAAACAACCGAUGGGGCUUGGGCCGGCUGCACAAUACAAGUACUUGAAACCGGGACUUGUCUGAAGGAAGGGGACAUUGUGGGAUUACUUCAAUGGAUCAACGAAAUUCAUCGGUGGGGCCUUUGUGAGUACGCUCUCGGAUGUGAGGAGGAUAUCAAACAGAUUCUGAGCAGAGGUACCAGCAACCUCAGAAUCUCCACGAUAGGGUCCUGA